AUGAGGUGGCGGCGCGCGGCGGCGCCCGCCCUCGCCGCCCUCCUCCUCCUGCUGUGGGCGCAGGCGUCGGCGGGCUGCAACAAGGCGCUCUGCGCCAGCGACGUCAGCAAGUGCCUCAUACAGGAGCUGUGCCAGUGCCGCCCCGGCGAAGGGAACUGCUCCUGCUGCAAGGAGUGCAUGCUGUGCCUGGGCACGCUGUGGGACGAGUGCUGCGACUGCGUGGGCAUGUGCAAUCCUCGCAAUUACAGCGAUACACCUCCCACGUCCAAGAGCACUGUGGAGGAGCUGCACGAACCAAUUCCUUCACUUUUCCGGGCACUCACAGAAGGGGAUACUCAGCUGAACUGGAAUAUUGUGUCCUUCCCUGUAGCAGAAGAACUGUCACAUCACGAGAAUCUAGUAUCCUUUCUAGAAACGGUGAACCAGCCACAGCACCAGAACGUCUCCGUCCCAAGCAACAAUGUCCAUGCACCUUACUCUAGUGACAAAGAGCACAUGUGCACUGUGGUGUAUUUUGACGACUGCAUGUCGAUACAUCAGUGCAAGAUCUCCUGCGAGUCCAUGGGAGCGUCCAAAUACCGAUGGUUUCACAACGCCUGCUGCGAGUGUAUCGGGCCAGAAUGCAUCGACUAUGGCAGCAAAACUGUAAAAUGCAUGAACUGCAUGUUCUGAAGCAGGAAAACUGUAAAAUAGUAACACAGAGGCCAAAGUAUUCUCUCUCAGCUAAAGAGAUGGGGAUUGGAAAUGCUGCAUUCUGGUGGAAUACCUACUGGUUGCAGUUAAAUGUAGCUGGCUUGAGAAAAGAUGUAUAAAAUUUGAAAUCUUUUUGUUUUAUUCUUUUUUUUUUAAUCUCACGUAAACAAGGCUAAGUAGUAGAGUUGCAACCAUUAUGUUUAAGUUUAUCUUUAUUUCUGGUCAAGUGGUACGGCCAUGCU